UGAAAUUAUAUUAAAGAUAGAAAAUAAAGGAGGUUCUGGCCCAAAUGGCCUUAGCCCAAGUUCAAAACACGGUGGUGAAGAGCCGCCUUAGCUAAGCGAUCACAGUUUGAGUUUUUCGAUCUAGCGAUAUGAAGAAAAAGGAUAGAAGCGAAAGCAGAAGAGAUUGAUCGGAUGUCUGAGACAAUUCCAAUAAUUUCUUUUCUCUGCGAUUUGCCGGUGAUUGCUCCAAGGAGCGUUAAGCAGUCGGUGUGGAUUCUGAGAUCGGCGAUCUCUAGCUCCACAGCCUUCGAUAGAGCCGCUCGAACCGCCAUGGCUUCCGCCACUAGUGGUGAUCCAACAAACUCCUCUACACGGGUUUCUUCCCAUACGAUCGGGGGGGAUGAGCCUGAGAACGUCCAGGCUAGUCCUGCUCUCUUUCUCUCUUUCUCCCAAGCCGCGUCUGUGUGGCAGAUGACCGCUUCCCCAUUUUGUUGCCUUCUACUAGAUGAUGUCGUCUCCCUCUCCUUCUGCAACAUGGAGAUGUAUAGCUUUUCUUUUCAAAGACCAGCGCGUUUCUUGAAGUCCAGAUUGCCCAGCAGAUCCAAGGUAGUACACUGCCUCUGAUUCCUGUCGGAGGAAGACAAAUUGCUUGCCGGAACUUUGUGAUUGCUCAAAUCAAUAUCCAAUAUAAACAUAGACAGAAACGUAUAUAAGCAACUAGUUCACUGAAGAAACACGAGAGGAAGGAGUGUAAUGAACAUAUAACUAUGUUCAUCUACUUCCUGAGCAACCGGCUGGCACGUUGGUUUGAUUGUUGCACUCUGUAAUUGAGUUCGUCAACAUCAUCAUGAAGAUGAUCAAGACCAUCUUUCUGCUUUUCCAUUUCACUUCCCAUGUCAACUGCCAUGUUCUUUAGCUCCCCUAGUAGAUCACUCAAAUCAGAAAGUCCAUCAUCUUGCUUAGCUUUUUCCAUCUGUCAUAAACGUAUAAAUUAGUAAAGAUUACAUAACUUUUUUUACUCAAAUGUCAAGAGAAGCUAGCUUUUGAUGUUUAA